UAUUACAUCCGCCGUUGCCCAACGUUAUUUCUUGUUGGCCAGGAAUGCCCGUUGUAUGAAGUACCAAGUCCAAAUUCAAAACGUGCAACAGUGUUUGUGCGCGAUUUCCUGCUCACCUUUAUCUAUCGGCUUUUCUGGGCCAGUGAUCAUAUUCCUCGAAGAUUGAAAAUGGAAGAUAUCAAAGAAGCAUUUCCACACUACGCUGAAAGUUCGGUACGCAAGCGAUUGAAACAGUGUUCAGAUUUCAAGCGAUUAGGUCAAGGCUCCGAACAAAAUUAUUGGUUUGAUCUUCGCCAUCUCAAAGGACGGCUAAAACGCGAGGAAAUCGUUGAGUUGGUAAUCUUUUCGGGCGACCGAUCGGACACUAGGACUGCCAACGGAUUGAGCAGAGUGGGGUGA